AUGUGGCUCCUCGCCGUGGCGACAACUUUCUGGGGAUUGUUGCUGGCGCCAGGUUUUGCUUUGCAAAUACAGUGUUAUCAGUGUGAGGAAUUUCAGCUGAACAAUGACUGCUCAUCCCCAGAGUUCAUAGUGAAUUGCACCGUGAAUGUCCAAGAUAUGUGUCAGAAGGAAGUAAUGGAACAAAGUUCAGGGAUCCUGUAUCGCAAGUCUUGUGCAUCAUCUGCAGCGUGCCUCAUGACCUCUGCCGGAUACCAGACUUUCUGUACUCCAGGGAAGAUAAACUCUGUUUGUAUAAGCUGCUGCAAUACUCCACUCUGCAAUGGGCCCAGGCCAAAGAAGCGGGGAAGCCCUGGCACCAGGCCCAGGGCUGGUGUAUUAACAACCCUACUGCUCUCUAGCUUGGCACUUCUAUCACCAGUCCAUUGCUAA